AACUCAAAACAGGAAAAACAUAAAAUCCAUAUGGCCUCACUCUCAAGCCACCCCCACCCAUUUCCACAGGCUGUGAACCGGCGACCGGCUCAAAACCAUAAACCCAUACGGUUUUCACACAUAUCCGCGUCCAAACCCGAAGCAUCUGCCUCACACAAAAAUGCAGAAGAGGAAACGGGUAGCUUAACAGUGACAGAGAGAAGAAGAAAAAAGAGAGGACUUGUAAAUGCAGAGGAGCUGAAACAGAGGGAGGUAAGAGAGAGGAGAGAGGAAGUGAACAGGAAGAUAGCUUCAAGGAAGGCUCUUUCCGUCGUUCUGCGAAGAGAGGCCACUGAAGCUUUGAUCGAAAAGAAGAGAGGACCCAACAAUUCCAAGAAGUUGCUUCCCAGGACUGUGCUUGAAGCCCUUCAUGACAGAAUCACUGCUUUGCGUUGGGAGUCUGCUCUCAAGGUUUUUGAGCUACUACGGGAGCAGCUUUGGUACAGACCCAACUCUGCUAUAUAUGUUAAGCUUAUUGUCAUGCUUGGGAAAUGUAAGCAGCCUGAGAAAGCCCAUGAUCUCUUCCAGGCUAUGAUUGAUGAAGGCUGUAUUGUUAACCAUGAAGCCUACACUGCCCUCUCGUCUGCCUACGGUAGGAGUGCUCUCUUUGACAAAGCAUUUUCCCUUUUGGAGGAGAUGAAAGACACUCCUAAUUGUCAUCCUGAUGUGCAGACUUAUUCAAUCCUCAUAAAGUCAUGCCUGCAAGUUUUAGCCUUUGACAAAGUACAGGCAUUGCUUUCCGACAUGGCAAGUCAGGGAAUCAGGCCCAACACAGUUACAUACAACACCCUUAUUGACGCCUACGGCAAAGCAAAAAUGUUUCAAGAGAUGGAAAUGACGCUUGUGGAGAUGCUUCGGGAGAAGGAUUGUGAACCGGAUGUUUGGACCAUGAACUCCACAAUCAGAGCCUUUGGCAGCAGUGGGCAAAUUGAAACAAUGGAGAAGUGUUAUGAGAAGUUUCAGCGUGCUGGUAUCCAGCCCAAUAUUAAGACCUUCAACAUUCUUCUAGACUCGUAUGGGAAAACUGGAAACUAUGAUAAGAUGAGUGCUGUAAUGGAAUAUAUGCAAAAAUACCAUUACUCGUGGACAAUUGUUACCUACAAUGUAGUCAUAGAUGCCUUUGGAAGGGCUGGUGAUUUAAAACAGAUGGAGUAUUUGUUUAGGCUAAUGCGGUCAGAGAGAAUCAAGCCUAGUUGUGUCACCCUUUGCUCUCUGGUAAGGGCUUAUGGUCAAGCUGGAAAAGCUGAAAAAAUUGCAGGUGUUUUGCGGUUCAUUGAAAAUUCAGAUGUAACGUUGGACACUGUGUUUUUCAAUUGUCUGGUGGAUGCUUAUGGUAGGAUGGGGUGCUUUUCAGAGAUGAAAGGGGUGCUUGAAAUGAUGAAGCAGAAAGGAUAUAAGCCUGAUAAGGUCACCUAUAGAACCAUGAUUAAGGCUUAUUCAAUCAGCAGGAUGACUAGCCAUGUAAAGGAGCUUCGAGAUCUUCUUGAGUCAGCGUCAGGGACUCCUUUGGGGAUGCCGAAGCCUGAUUUCCGAGAAUGAAGAUAUUACAGGUCACACAUCUCUGAGAUCUAAUGUGUGUAUUGUUCUUAUGUUGUAUAUGCACAGCAACAUUAGUGAGAUGAAAUAUAAAAAGUAUCAUCAUUUGCAGUUAAGUUUCUGAUCUAGAUGCCAUUUCUACUUCAACUCACAAAAGUCUACAAACUAACUCAGUUUAAAGCCUCAACAACUCUAAGAAAGGCUCUACCAUUGAUAAGCCAUUUCUUCUGCAUCAAGACCCACAUACUUAAUGAUCUGUGCAAUUAAUAGUUGGGGUUCUGCUAAAUGCUGGGAUCUUAUUUGAGCUCUCCCUUCAUCAGUUAGCACAUGCAUGCAAGAAGCUUGUAAGUUUAUUUGUGACUCUGCCUUUUGCUUCACCCUAAAUCUGUAUCUAAGCUUUCGUCAGAAUCAUCAGGGUUGCCUUGGUGAGCCUCUGUCGGUCUCCCACUGCUACUUGGCUGCUGUUCUCUGAUGGUGAUAUCACUUGCUGAGGGGGCUUCUUGCUCAUCGCUGCCAUCCGUGCUUUCUGUUGAUUUCUUUCUCUUUUUCACUGGCACAAAACAAUCUGAUAUUCAGAAAGGUAAUGAAAGGCAACUUCUUAUAACAUGCUGCGAGAAAGGGUACUGAAUUUUUAACAUUGUAUAAUUGAUGUGAUUUAGUUAUGGAAGUCAUAAUUUCUUCAGGUUUGUUAAGCACACAGAAAAUGUAAGACCUUGAAAACUACAGGUGCUCUAGUAUAGCUUCUGUAUAUAUUGAAAAGCAAAUUAACAAACAA